AGAAAGAGAGCAGUAACAGCAGAGCUUGAGUGAAUGUGUCAAAAAUUGUGUGACAUUUGUGCGACAGUUCUCGUAUAUGCGAAAAGAAAAAUACUUAUAUCGGGGGUGUGCAGUGUGUGACCAUCAAACAAGAGUCGAAUCAAUCUGAAUAACGAGAAGUGAAAGAAGAAUUUGUACAUAAAUCCCAAGAAUACGAUGGCAAAUGUAACGUGGUUGCUGACGCGCAAAUUGCCACAAAAUGUGCUGAAAUCGGGCUUGUGCAGCAAUGGUUGCCGUGUAAUUUCAUCGGUUAACCGCAAUUUUGCAAAUGAUCGCCAGAGCAACCAAGGAUCCAACAUAUUGAAAUCAAAAGCGGCACAAACUGAGUUAGUAAACAAACUGUUGACAAACUCGACGAAAUGGAUGCAUCAAAGCCGAUUCAUUCAUGCCACCAAUUCACUCUUGGAACUCAUCAAAGUGCCACCAUUCGCCGAUUCUGUUUCGGAAGGUGAUGUGAAGUUUACGUGUAAAGUAGGCGAUCAAGUACGUGUUGACGAUAAUGUCAUGGAAAUCGAAACUGAUAAAACGACCGUCGGUGUUCCAACACCAGUCAGUGGUACCAUCGAAGCAAUUUAUGUACAGGAUGGUGAUACGGUGAAAGCCGGCCAAGAUUUGUUCAAAAUUAAGCCCGGAGACGUUGCUGAUAAGCCAGCCGCUGCCGCACCCGCAGCUGAAGCUCCAAAACCAGCCGCCGCAGCUCCACCACCACCACCACCAGCUCAAGCAGCACCUCCACAGCCAAGCGCUGCUCCUGCCACACCACCACCACCACCUCCUCCACCCCGACCGGCACCAGCUCCACAGGCUAGCGGACCCGUAUCAACCGUACCAAUCGCUGCCAUUCGACAUGCGCAAGCCGUUGAGGCAACAGUCAAAUUGCCACCUGAAGAUUACUCACGUGAAAUCACCGGCACAAGAACCGAACAACGUGUCAAGAUGAAUCGUAUGCGAUUGAAGAUCGCUCAACGAUUAAAGGACGCACAAAACACCAAUGCCAUGCUGACCACGUUCAACGAAAUUGACAUGAGUGCAAUCAUGGAAUUCCGUAAAGCAAAUUUGGAUGCGUUCCAAAAGAAGUAUGGAAUUAAAUUAGGAUUUAUGUCAGUAUUUUCGAAAGCAGCUGCGUAUGCUUUGCAAGACCAACCAGUCGUUAAUGCUGUCAUUGACGGUGGCGAAAUUGUGUAUCGUGAUUACGUUGAUAUUUCGGUAGCCGUAGCCACACCGAAAGGUCUUGUUGUGCCCGUGAUUCGAAAUGUAGAGAGCAAAAACUUUGCUGAUAUUGAAAUUGCAUUGGCUGCUCUCGGCGAGAAGGCCCGACGCAACGCCAUUGCCGUGGAAGACAUGGACGGCGGCACCUUCACAAUUAGUAACGGUGGCGUGUUUGGCUCACUGAUGGGAACUCCAAUCAUCAAUCCACCACAAAGUGCGAUCUUGGGUAUGCACGGCAUCUUUGACAGACCGGUCGCAAUCAAAGGACAAGUUGUCAUUCGUCCAAUGAUGUACAUUGCUCUUACUUAUGAUCAUCGUUUGGUUGAUGGACGAGAAGCUGUAAUGUUCCUACGCAAAAUUAAAGCAGGUGUCGAAGAUCCACGAAUCAUUUUAGCUGGUCUCUAAGCAAAUUUCCUCGUCCAUUAAUUUUCUUCUUUCGAUUGUGUCAAGCUGCUGGAAAUCAAUAUGCAUACACAUUCAUAUCCAAAAUGUGGUUUCUUCCCACGAUAACAACAAAUGAAAAAAAAAACAACACAAGUGAAUAAUGCGUCGUUUUAGAAAUAUAAAUCAAAUUGCACCAGGACAACAAACGAAUACAACUCUCAUUAGAGGCGAAUUUGGAUUGUAAAACAUCUACUCACAUUUCAUUGUUUGCGUAAUAUUCGGAAAUUAUUUUAUUUGCAAGAGUCUUGUAACUAAAUGUAAUGAAUAUUUAAAAAAAUAAAUAAAAAAAAGUCUUAAAUUAAA